GCCAUGGAGAUGCAAACUCCAGAGGACUGUGAGACCGAGAAUGGCCAAAGAAUAAAGGCUUGCAAUAGACCAGAACAGAUGUAAUGAGGUCUACAGGCACCUGUCAAGCAUGUUAGUUCUGUGAUAUCAUGCCUUGUGAUAUCACAGAAUUCUUAGAACGUUUCCACCAACGGUCAUUUCAACUUCAUCUCAGAUGUGCCUUAGAAAAAAAAGUGCUGAAGAUCUUUAGUUUGGAGCACUGAGUGCCAGCAACAGUUCCCCAACAUGCCUCAGGAUGAGAAGAAUCCAGAAAUGGGUUUUCCAAAUACAAUCCCAACAGAGGAAGAAGGAGAUCUCGUAGAGUGGAAUGUGGGAGAGCCCUUUGAGGCCUUGGAGAAACUGCAAAGUCUCACCAGUGAGGAGAAAGGAGAGAAAGCCAUGCUGCGUGCACGCAUCCAUGAGCAAUCUCAACUGAUCUGUAUCCUGAAGAAGCGAGCGGAUGAACAUCUCUUGCGCUGCAAGACCCUCGAACAGAUCAAUACGGAGCUGGAAGAGAUGAGGAUGGCGGAUGCCCUCCAAUUGGAGACUCAAACCCGACGUAUUCAGCAGCUGGAAGAACGUUUUAUGGACUUGGCUUCCAACCACGAGGACAUGAUCCACUUCAAAGAUGAACACAAACGGCAGAACGUACAGCUGAGGGAAGAAAAUCAGCGUCUGCGCCAGGAGAACCAAAACCUCUUCAACCAGCCUUUGAAAGAGAGAGAAGCAGAGCUGGAGCAGGUCACAUCUGAGCUGAAGAUGCUCUCUGAGGAAAUGGCUUCCUUGAAGGAAAGUUACACGCAGGACAGUCGGCGGGCUCAGGAACGAGAGAAGGAGCUUCUAGAAGCGCAGAGCCAGGAAGCCAGAGUUCAUGCUGAGGAAAUGAAGUCCCUGAGAAGCCAACUGGAAAUCCUUGGGGAGAAACACUAUCAUGUCACCGAGGAGCUGAAGCAAACAGAAAAGCAGCUGAAGGAAAGCGAGAGCAACUUGCAGGCCAAGCUUGAGAAGGUGAUCAAGGAGAAAGAGGAGCUGCUGAAGCUGGCCAUAGAUCGAGGCAAGGCAUUGCAAGAAAGGCAAUGUGAGAUCGUGCAACUAGAGAAGAAGGUGGAAGAGAUGGAGAAAGCCAAACUGGAAGCGGAACAGCGCUUUGAGAUUGAGGCCGCCGUGGUGGACAGUUGCCUCCGGGUGCGGGACCUGCAGCAUCAGUUGGGCCGAGCACAGCAAGCGUAUGCCGAACUCCGGAUGCAUUUUGAAGCUUACAAGAAGCACAGCACAGAGCUGCUCACGAAGGAGAAAGAGUUAAAUGCCAAACUGCGGCAUUUCAUGGCAUAGGUCUUGGUCGCCUGCUAAACCAAGCCGUAAUAUAAACCUUUCUUUAUAAUAUUUAAAACAUAAUAA